AUGACCAUUCAACAACAACAACCUCGGAAACGAACCCGCACAUCGCCAAAUCAAUUGGCUGUGCUUGAACGUACAUUUACUUCUUAUCCUUCACCUUCAGGUCGUUUACGUGAGCAACUCUCCAAGCAGUUAGGGAUGACCGAAAGGUCCAUUCAAAUCUGGUUCCAAAAUCGACGUGCCAAAGAAAAGAACAUUGCCAGGCGUACAUCCAUUGCUCAAACUCGUAUUUUACGAAUGCAGCAAUGGGCUGCUUCAGCCGCCACUACAGCUUGUCAAAUGCAAGAUACCUAUGAUGCACCCAUCUAUUACUACUAUUACUAUUACUAUUACAACCAACAACAACAGCAACCUACAUCCAAAUUUCCACCCGCACCACCACCACCCCCUCCUCCACCACCACCAGCAUCCAUGGUCCGUGCUCAAUCAGCUGACUAUAAUCGCUCUCCUCCUCAUCAAGAAGAACUACCAACAAAUCGCUCAAGAGGAGCAACCAUGCCACCCUUAUCGAAUAUGGGAGGAUGGAGUGAUUUUUCCACAUUGCUUGUCCAACACCAAUUUUCUGCUGACACACUUGAAAUUGGUACCUGGAAACGUAUGGUGAUGUUACCUAAUGAUAUCCAUUGCUUUUGUGAUUUGGUGGAACGACAGCUGACUUGGGUCAUUCAAGAUGGCCCACUUUCAUUUAAAAUGAUCUUUGCCUUGGAUUCGGUACAAAGUAUCCAGUUGCAGCAGUUGUCAGAUGAUCGCAUGGAGAUCAAAUUGACAUUACAAGCUCCUGAAGCUAUAGCCUUUUACAUGAAUGGUGCCAAUGGAUGGACCCAAUGUCGUGAUUUCUCUCAAGAUAAGCAAGCUACCCUCGUACCAGUGCAUCGAUUAGAAGGUCCGGCCGUUGUCUUAUGGGCUGAAUGGCAAGGUUUCCUCCAAACGCUUCCAGAAGAUGAUCCUUUGCAUUCAAAGGUCUUUUUGUAA